AUGAUCCCCAUGGCUCAGAUGCCGCAACAAGCUGGCGUUUGGGCCCCCCAAGAUGACUGGACAGGCAUCAUUGAUCGAACAGAACGAAGGAAAUUACAGAACCGGAUUAAUCAACGGUCAUAUCAAGAAACUAGCAGUGCAGUGAUCGCCUCUCGACCUACUCACCACGGCAAUGAUGAUGAAGCUUCGGACGAGUUUCAGUGCACACUGGGAGUGCACAUCUACCCACUGAUGCGCGAUUUCGAAACGCUAGCCCUGGAAAGCUAUUCAAAAAAUUCUCCAAAUCAGGACCACCUUCUGAGUCUACCAAAAUACAACAUCCAGCGUGCUAUCAUUGAUAACACAGUCGCUAUGGGCAUGACCAUGGAGUGGAUGAAUGACGAUGACGCCGUAUCCAUCUUCAAUAUACUGGGCCCUGGGAUCUCUGAGACCCACAUUCCAGCAAGUCUCCGGCCAACAAUAGUCCAGCGACGAAUACCCCAUCAUCCGUGGCUGGAUUUCUUCCCUUUUCCUAAUAUGCGGGAUAAUCUUAUCGCCGUGCAGGAUGAAAUUGACGACGAGGAGUUGUGUCAUGAUCUGAUGGCUUUCUGGGAUACGCGUAAUACGGGCCCUAUGUUGUUGGUUUGGGGUCCGUCCUGGGUGCCGGGGAACUGGGAGAUGACACCAGCUUUUGUGAAGAAGUGGGGUUUUUUAUUAGGUGGCUGUGAGGAGUUGUUACAGAGUACGAAUUCUUGGAGAUUGAAGCGGGGAGAGCGGCCGUUAGCUAUGAGACCAGUUCUCCAGGCUAGGAUAAUUGAGGAAAUAUAA